AUGCCCAAAAUAUCCAAAAAAUAGCUACCCUCAAUCUUUGAGGAUGUCCAUAUUUUCAGUUGUCAAAAGUUUCGAAAACCAUUAGUAUCUUCGCUUCCAAUACACAAAAAAUUUCAUCUCACAUUUCCCCCAAAUUCCCUAAACAAACUUCAAUUCCAUAAAUGGCCGUCUCCUUUUCUCACGGCGGCGCCGCCGCCGCCGCCGCACCGGCCCUUCUCCUUCUCCUCGCCGCUGCCAUGACCACUGUUAAUUCGAUCGGCGUCAACUACGGUACCCUAGGCAACAACCUUCCUCCCCCCGCCCAAGUCGCCGCUUUCCUCAAAUCCAAAACCACCGUUGACCGGAUCAAAAUCUUCGACACCAACCCCGACAUCCUCCACGCAUUCGCCGGUACCGAUAUACUCGUCGCCGUCACCGUCCGAAACAACGAGAUCCCGAACCUCACCACCGUCCGCGGGGCCCGCCGUUGGCUCGCCGCCAAUGUCAAGCCGUUCUACGCCCGAACAAAAAUAAAUUACGUCCUCGUCGGCAACGAGAUCCUCCACUGGGGCCCGCAAACCCUCAUCGACAACCUCGUCCCCGCCAUGCGGGCGCUCCACAGAGCGCUCCGCCAGGAAUCGAUGGAGAUGAUCAAAAUCACGACCGCGCACUCCCUCGGGAUCCUCGAACCGAAUGAGAUCCCGAGCGCGACGGCGUUCCGCGCCGGGUGGGACCGGGCGGUGCUCGCGCCGAUGCUACAAUUCCACCUUGACACGAAGUCGCCGUUCACCGUCAACCCGUACCCGUUCUUCGGGUACGGCCCGGAUAAGGCGGGCCUAGCCCUAUUCCGGCCGAACCGAGGCUUCGUCGACCCGUUCACGAAACAAAUUUACGACAACAUGCUAGACAUGCAGCUUGACGCCGUCUACUCGUCGAUGACGAAACUCGGGUUUCCCGACGUCGAAAUUGCGAUCGGCGAGACCGGGUGGGCGUCGCUAGGGGAGUCCUACGAGGAGCCCAAGUGCUCGGUGGCUAACGCCGCGGCGUACAACGGCGGGCUCGUCAAAAAGUACGAGUCAGGAAAAGGGACACCAUUGAUGCCCCGGCGGAGCUUCGAGACGUAUAUUUUCGCGUUGUUUAACGAGAACGAGAAACCGGGAUCGGCGGCGGAGCGAAAUUUCGGGCUUUUUCAGCCAAAUUUUAGUCCGGUAUACGACAUUGGGAUCCUUAGGACAGGAUUUGCAGCUCCUAUGAUGAUCAAGCCGGCCGCAACAUCAAGUAAAAUGUGGUGUGUGGCGAAGGGAGAAGCUUCCAACGGCGCAUUGCAGAAGAACAUAGAGUAUGCGUGUAGUCAAUCCCAAGUCGAUUGCCGGCCCAUUCGACAAGGCGGCGCAUGCUUCAUUCCCAACACCGUGGAAGCGCACGCGUCCUUCGCAAUGAACUCUUAUUACCAAACGAGCGGGCGCAAUAACUUCAACUGCGACUUCUCCGGCACGGCAAUUCUCACUUCUACAAAUCCUAGAUCAUUGAUGUCGAAACGAAGUUUUCUUGACCAUGCCGGCCACCAUAAUCUCGUGCUCAUCGAUGACAUAUUGGCCCAACCGUGGAAAGCCCUAGUCGAACGUAGAGUUUCGAUUUCAGUUCCAAUUCCAGUUCUAAAGUCGAGGAAUCGCCAAAAAUUAACAGACAAAAUAACAAGUCUACAAAAGUUAGUUUCUCCUUAUGGAAAGACCGACACAGCCUCGGUGCUUCUCGAGGCUUCUAUUUCGAUCAAAGCCCUUCAAGAUCAAAUCAAGAGUAAACCCCAAUAUGGGGAUAUAGCCGAAAAGGCUAAACAGAGAAAGAGACAAAUCGACAUUUGUAAUCGGUGUGGCAUUGAAGGUCAUUGGGCCAAUACCUGCAGAACAACCAAACACCUAGGCGAACUUUAUCAAGCCUCACUGCAGAAAAAGGGAAAAGAGGUCGAGACUAAUCACGUUGAUAACAAUGACGACCCUGAUGAUGAUCUUCUGGAUUACGACACAACGCAUCUUGAUAUAGUGAAUUUUCUUGUAGAUCCAGCAAAUCCCCAGUGA